CCAGCGUUUCGUCAGACACCAUGAAGACCUUCAUCGUUCUAGCUUUGGUAAUCGUCGCCACUUUGGCAGCCCCCAAAUCGGCCCUCCACCAAAAAUGGGCUGAUUUCAAGCUGACCCACAAGAAACAAUACAGCAACCCCUUGGAGGAAGUUCGCCGUCUGGUCAUCUUCAAAGACAACCUGGCCCAGAUCGAGGAACACAACGCCAAAUACGCUAAAGGAGAAGUCACCUACAGCAAAGCCAUCAACCAAUUCGGUGACCUGACCAAGGAGGAAUUCUUGGCUUACGUCAACCGCGGCAAGGCCACCAAGCCCGUCAAGAACGAGAAACUGGCCAAGAAGUGGGUGCCUUCCAAGAAACCCGCCGCCGCCGACGUCGACUGGAGAGGCAACGCCGUCACCGAAGUCAAGGACCAGGGACAAUGCGGAUCCUGCUGGAGUUUCAGCACCACUGGCUCCGUGGAAGGGCAACUCGCCAUCAAUCGCGGACAACUCAUCUCGCUCAGUGAACAGAACUUGAUUGACUGUUCUACUGGGUAUGGUAAUGCUGCUUGCGACGGUGGUUGGAUGGACAGCGCCUUCAACUACAUCUAUGACUAUGGUAUCAUGAGCGAAAGCGCCUACCCCUAUGAAGCCCAACUUGACAACUGCAGAUACGACGCUUCUCAAUCGGUCACCAGCAUCAAUGGAUACUACGAUCUGCCCUCUGGAGACGAAAACUCUCUUGCCAACGCUGUCGGCAACAAUGGACCCGUCUCUGUGGCUAUUGACGCCACCGAUGAGCUCCAAUUCUACAGCCAGGGCAUCAUCUACGACUCCACUUGCAACGACAGAGACCUCAACCAUGGUGUCCUCGUCGUAGGAUAUGGUUCCGAAGGUGGUUACGACUACUGGAUCGUCAAGAACUCCUGGGGAGGUGGCUGGGGAGAAGGUGGCUUCUACAGAGCCAUCCGUAACUACGGCAACAACUGCGGUAUCGCAACUGCUGCUUCAUACCCAUCUUUGUCGCUCUCGCGACUGCGAUCCCUCAAAGUACCAUCAAAGACCAAUGGGCUAAUUUCAAGGCCAAACACAACAAAGAGUACUUGUCAGAUAACCAAUUUGAAACGCUUUGUCAUCUUUACGCAAAAUCUGGCGAAAAUUGAAGCACACAACACCAAAUACAAAAAUGACGAAGUUAGUUAUUACAAAGCGAUUAAUAAGUUCGGGGAUUUAACAGCUGAUGAAUUUCUUGCGUUCGUAAAUCGGACUAAAGCUCCUGAAACACAAGUGCCUGGAAAAUUUCGCAGACGAUACGUUCCUUCCAAGCAACCAGUCGAUGACGAAGUUGACUGGACGACCAAAAACGUAAUAAGUGAUAUUAAAGACGGGGGGACUGUGGGUCGGUAUGGUUCCGAAGACGGUUACGAUUACUGGAUCGUCAAGAACUCUUGGGGGCCGCAAUGGGGCGAAAGUGGUUUCUACAGACCCGUCCGCAACCACAACAACAACUGCGGUAUCGCAACUGCUGCUUCAUACCCCUCUUUAACAAUGAAGUUCCAAAUUUUCCUAGCCGUUUGUGUAACUGGCAGCCAAGCAGUGUCGUUUUCCAACUUAGAACAAGAACAAUGGGCCACUUACAAGUUCACUUACAACAAACAAUACCCAAGCGAAAUCGAAGACCGCUUUCGCAUGAAAAUUUUCAUGGAAAACUCCAACAAAGUCGCCCAACAUAACAAAUUGUACGCCCAGGGAUUGGUCACUUACGAAAUGGGUAUCAAUAAAUACUCCGACAUGCUGCACCAAGAGUUCAUCCAGAUCAUGAACGGUUUCAAUAGAACCGCAAUGAGAGGAAGCGAGAUAGAAGAUGGCGUCACGUUCAUCCCUCCUGCUAACGUGGAAGUCCCAGCCUCCGUGGACUGGAGGAAGAAAGGGGCGGUUACAGGAAUAAAAGACCAAGGACAAUGUGGAUCAUGCUGGGCGUUCAGCGCUACGGGCUCCUUGGAGGGGCAAAACUUCCGCAAAACCAAGAAACUGGUGUCCCUCAGCGAGCAAAACCUCGUGGACUGCUCCCAAAAAUUCGGCAACCAGGGCUGCAACGGCGGCCUGAUGGACUACGCUUUCGAGUACAUCAAGGCUAACAAAGGCAUCGACACCGAAAAGUCGUACCCGUAUAAGGCUAAGGACGAACGGUGCCACUACAACCCCAAGAACAAGGGGGCUACGGAUCGCGGUUUCGUGGACAUCGCGGCUGGCGACGAGGAUGCGCUCCAGAAGGCGGUUGCUACGGUUGGACCGAUUUCGGUCGCUAUAGAUGCUAGCAACGACAGCUUCCAGCAGUACCGCAGCGGGGUGUACUACGAGCCGGAGUGCAGCGCGGAGCUGCUGGACCACGGAGUCUUGGCUGUGGGGUAUGGGACCGACAACAAGGGUAACGACUACUGGAUUGUUAAGAACUCGUGGGGAGAGACCUGGGGGGCUCGAGGGUACAUCCUGAUGGCCCGCAAUCGCAAUAAUAAUUGCGGAAUUGCCACUCAAGCCAGUUAUCCUCUGGUUUAAGUCGCUACUGAGGUCGUAGUUUGAAGAAGUAGGUUAAGUUUUUAAUGCU